AUGCUUAUUGGUGGAGGAUGUGCAUUUCCAUAUUGAUUCCAACUUUGUUAGUGCAAACCAUUGCAAAAUUUAUAGGAUGAGGGUUACCAAUGAAAAUAUGGAGGACACUAUGUCUAUAUUCUUGAAAGAUACGAGCACAAAUGGGACUUAUCUGAACUGGGAGAAAUUGAAAAAGAAUAAUGCUGCUGUAAAAGUUCAUCAUGGAGAUAUUAUAUCAUUUUCAGCUCCCCCUCAACAUGAGCUUGCAUAUGCUGUUGUAUAUCGAGAGGUGGUUGUGUCCACUCCCACAACAGAUAAUGCAGUUCCCAAACGGAAAACAGAAGAGUUCGUUUCUGAAAAUAAGAGAUUGAAGGGUUUAGGCAUUGGUGCUCCUGAGGGUCCUAUAUCUCUUGACAAUUUCAGAAGCCUUCAAAGAUCAAACACGAUGUGUUAAUUUUGGUUUCUUUGU